GGCCUUUACGUCAAUUUAAUGUGUACGUUAGGUAGCCUUUAGGUAGACUUGCGAAAUGCGAAAUGUUACCUUAAACCCCAAAUUCCAACAGCCUUCGUCCCGUCCAAUAACCAUGCCUAGAGUCGAUAAUGAGAUCAGUGGUCGUCUCGCCCUCAUAACGGGCGCUUCUGGAGGCAUCGGCUCUGCAUGUGCUCGGGACCUCUGGGCUCAUGGGGCCUCCCUCGCCCUAACAUGUUUCCACAAUAGACAGCCAGUAGACGACUUAGCUGAGGAGCUUCGCAAGUCGGCUGGAAGCGUGGGCCACAAGGUCACCAUCCAUUGCGUCGAUACCGGCUCGGCUGAAGAGAUCGAGCGGCUCUUUCGUGAAAUUAAGGAACAACACGGCCAAGACGGCCCAGAUAUACUAGUUUCCAACGCGGGCUACGGGAAGCGACGCAACGGUAUCCUGGAUGUGAGCUUGGAAGAAUUCGAUUAUACUAUCAACGUGAACUUGCGGGCUUCUUUUAUUCUGUCCAAGUUGAGCAUUCCCCAUAUGGAGGCUCAGGAGUGGGGUCGUAUUAUUUUCAUCUCUUCGAUAGCUGCACAAGGAGGUGGCAUCAACGCUUGCCAUUAUGCAGCUUCCAAAGCGGGGUUAACAGGUCUGAUGAAGAAUCUGGCGAUGAAGCAUGCAAAAGUAGGAAUUACUGUUAACGAUGUAGCUCCGGCUAUGAUCGGUGAAACGGGAAUGAUACCCGACGAGAAGUUUGUCGAGGGCACGCCGGGCGACGUCAAGAAUAUCCCGGUGGGACGGCUAGGAACGCCUCAGGAAUGCGCUAAUAUUAUUACUAUGAUAUGCAGGACGGGGUAUUUAACGGGUCAGAGCAUAUUGCUAAGUGGUGGUCUUAAAUAGUGAUAUAUUGACUCGGAGCUACCGUUACAAGUCCGCUUGUUCGAGCUAAGAUUGUAUUGAAGGUAACACAACACUAAUAAAAGUGACCAGUUAUUCCUUCUGUUCUCA